AUGAUAUUGAAUGAGAACAACGAGGAGGAGGAAGAGGAUUUGCUGCUAAGGAUGCAGAAUGAUGUGAAGUGGUUGAAAGAAUCGGUCAUGCCCGAAUUCGAUACGGAUUUAACCGAUCGUCAAAAAGAUAUGCUUACCCAAGUUGUCGAGACAUUUCUGUCAUUGUGGACGGAGCAGCUAAGCGUACACGACAUGUCAGAUGCAUUCCGAGCAGAGCUGUACGAUCUGAACUGGAUUGAUGCAAUGAAGCAAAGCUGCGCUGCUCCGCAACUUCUUACAACUGUUCUGACAAUGUUUAAGAAUCUGAUCAUCGUAAUG